AUGAGUCGAAAUUUGACGGUGACAACAUCAAGACCCGACUACAUUUGCUCGGACGGUGACAGUGCCGGCAAAUGCUCGGAUACUGAUGACCUGUUGACUUCAUUAAAAAAUAAAUUUUCGUGGCAGUCGACGUACACAAGUCCGAAUGACGAUCGUUGGGUAUUGGAAGACCAUUUCUACGUUUACUCAAUUAAGGACGAGGCUUCGGGUAUAAGCAUUGACAUCUUUAACGUUGAUUCGGGUGAUGCUGACUCGCACGGUGCUACAGAGGUGUGUUGCCAAUGCUAUGGCUACGCUGGUGACGAUGAUGACAAAUGUUCGAACAUUGCACGAGGUGACGACGCUUGUUGCGGUGGAGAUGGAGAUAUGUACGACAAGUGCAUGGCUCAGUUUACAGCGUGGAGCGAUGACUCUCGUAAGCAACUGGAGGCGAAUAUUGCCAACUCGUGGGCGACGUGGAAGGUGUGGUUUAGCAUCAUUAACGAUACGGGAGUCCACCUCUGGCUGAACGGUCACACACACGGUGAAAAUCACGACUACUCGGCGUCUCUCGGUGUGCAUUUCGGUGAUAAUGGAGCGGGCGGUGGCAUUCAGAAGGAAUCUGCUAGUGGCAUCCCGACGUAUGCUAAGGAUUUGGUGGAGAACCUGUGGGUAUAUGACGGUCAAGAGUAUGGCUUCUUCUCGUUGACAGCUUCGAAAGACUGGCUGAAGCUGCAAUAUCACACGACUGACGACAAGUGGUCCUUUGCGGAGAGUUUUAACUCGACUUCAGUGGGUGGCGUUGCAAUGAAACACUGCUGGUACAUUCCUAGCGACGGUGCGGAGGGCAAAGAGUGCACGUCAAGCUCGUAG